UACAAGAGUUAGUUUACCAAUAUAUUUGCGGUCUGAUCAACACUGUUGCAAGGUAGCAGGUUGGCUAGCCGCUCUUUUCAAAUAUUUUGUUAACUUGUUUUUUUGUGUCAUCCUUUGCAGCUCGAGACCGAGCAGCAUAACUAGCCAGCUUGUUACUACAGUAUUUGAAUUCGACAAGGCUGUUUUGACGUUGGAUAGCUAGCUACAUUCACUGGUUCGAAAUUUUGAAUAGACCAGACAUCACAUUUUAAAACGGGUUCAUUUCUUUGCUGUGUCGUUAGAUUCACACGCUAGCAAGAAAGCUAUACUUCCCCCCCUUUUGCGGCUAAGUUUAAACGUACUUUGUUUUUGAAAGCCAUCUACUAAUAACUAACUAGCUACCGGUUGUCAUUUUUACUUUGUCAACAACAAGGCGUGACGUUUGGUUCAACACCAAUUCUGCCUGCAAGAUUUUUGUUGGUGACUUCCACGAACGUUGGCUAGCAUUUACGUUAGCUUGCCACCACUGACAGCGAUUGUAACCGCGAGCCAGCAUCAGUCAAGCGAAUUUGACAAAAACAACUUAGCCAAUAAAUAAGCUAUCAAGCUGAUCAGAGCAGUAUCACAGCGAUAACUGACUUCUGUUAUCGAUAAAUUGCCUUGUGGGAGAUAGUAUAUAUCUUGCUUAUUUUAAUCAUUACCAAAAAAUAGUAAUUGAACGUGAAGUAGUUAACGUUAACCCACAGAAGUAGUUGUGUAUACAAAUUCAGACCCGAAUUGUCAUCUUUUUUUCGGUGCUAUUGUUGAAAAUGGCGGCGAUCGAAAUGGUGCAGAUGUUGAUCGAAGCAGCAGAAUACCUUGAUCGCAGAGAAAGAGAAGCAGAACAUGGCUAUGCCUCCAUGUUACCGUUCACCAGCAGCAAAGAGAAGGACAGCUUGAAACGGAAAAACAAAAGCAAGAAGAACUCCAAUAGCAGAUCUACACACAACGAGAUGGAGAAAAACAGACGCGCACACCUACGGCUGUGUUUAGAGCGACUGAAAUCCCUCGUUCCAUUGGGACCAGACUCCAACAGGCAUACCACGCUCAGCCUGCUGAUGAGGGCCAAGAAACACAUUGUGAGGUUGGAGGAGAGCGAGCGGAGAGCCCAGCAUACCUUAGACCAGCUGCAGAGAGAGCAGAGGCACCUGCAACGGCGUCUGGAGCAGCUGGGGGUGGAGAGAACACGCAUGGACAGCACAGGAUCCAUUGUCUCUUCCGACAAUCCUGACUCAGACCAGGAGGAGGAGCUGGAUGUGGAUGUGGAGGGGACUGACUACCUGCUGGGGGAUCUGGAGUGGAGCACCAGCAGUGUCAGUGACUCUGAUGAGCGGGGCAGCCUGCGCAGCAGCUGCAGUGACGAGGGCUACUCCAGCGCCAGCCUGCGCCUGCGCAUGCAGAACCAAAACACUCAGGAGAAGGCCGAGCAGCUGGGCUGCAGCCUAUAAGAGCACAGCCCUCAACCUCUGACCCCCAGCCCCCAUCCAAUCCCGUCCCUCUAUCGUCCAGUUAACACCCGCCCUCCAACCAGUCUCUGCCAAUCAGACCUCACUCCCAGCAGGACUGGCCUGUUCUGACCAAGCCCCCUCCUCCUUUCCAACUGUAUUCCACCUCUUUCCCCCCUGAAACCCCCCAAUGCAACACCUCUUAGACACACCCACCGUCCUAUCUCAACCGUCCAUCGGCCAACCAAAAUGGAGGAUCAGUCUGUGGCACUCCCCAAUCAGAGCUUUUUGAUGAGUAGGAUUAGGAAGAUAAGACACUCCGUCCGUCCCUUUGUGUCCACCAGCUUGCUCCCUUCCUUCUGUCCUUCCUGCUCUGCUGUCUGUUUCAGUGCAAGAGCCAAGUAGAGGUGACUGACUUUUCACAUCCAUGCAGUGUCCCCCUUCCAGCGUCCGAAAACUUAAGACAGCUAGAGAAUGUGAUUACAACACCACACCUACACCCCACUGCCUCUCUCUUGUUCAGAAGCCAUCUGAAGCAAUCCAGUCAUGAUGAGAACCCCUCUCGACCCCCAGCUCUAAAUCCCAUCUCGCCCAUUUCUCCCAUGAGACUGGCACCUCCAUAGGUGGUGGUCGUACAGACAGCAGAGCUGUGCCACCUGACUAACCAGCUGACCAAUCACAGCAUGGUAUUUUGGAACGGAGUAUAGGAAUGGAUGGUCUUGGUCAAAGAGCUGUGGCGUGGUCAUUUUAAACAAUCUACACUGCAGCUAUUGUAGUAAUGUUAUCAGGUGUAGUCUUUCAGUAAGUCUUUAUGGUGAAUAAUUGUCUACCUGCACUUUCCACGUGAAGCCUCACUGGGAGUUCUACGACACUAAGCACGGCUGUGACGUCAUCCAUGUUCCACAACCUCUUCGUUGUUGUGGUCGGCAGCAAUACAUUUAUCAAGAUGUAAUUUUUUUGUCCACACCUGCCAUUUCAGAAUUUUUAUGAU